ACAAGUUGCAGAGGGGAAGAGAGAGGGGAAGUAAAGAGAAAAGGCGCCCCAUGGAGGAGUUGUGACCUUGCACUUUGGCAGCGUUGCAUUCUCAGCUGCAAAAGGCUAGCCUGCUGAGGGGCAGCAAUGGCACCCCGAGAAAAGAUUCCGGGGGGCCGGGCGGGGGCUCAGAUGCAGUCUACGAUGCAGGGGGCAUCGGCAGAGGAUAAGAAGAAGGCGCAUCGGGGCAAGCUGGCUGGCCCCUCUGCUGAGAAGAAAAAGUUGCAAGACAAGAAGAAGAGGGGUCUGUCGACAGACAGGGAAAAUCCAAAGGCGUUCACCUAUCGGUCCGCUCGAAGGGCGCGGGCCAGCCAGGCUCGCACCGCAGAAAAAGAGCAGCGGAGCCUCCAUGCCCCCGUCGUUGACAGGACCCCUGAGGAGCCGCCCCCUUUUGUAGUGGUGGUUCAAGGCCCCCCCAAAGUGGGAAAGACGACGGUCAUCCAGUCGCUUAUCAAGCAUUACACGAAGAUGAACCUGUCGGACGUCAAGGGGCCAAUCACAGUAGUUUCAGGGAAACACCGGCGGCUGCAGUUCAUCGAGUGCGAGAAUGACCUGAACGCCAUGAUCGACGCCGCCAAGUUUGCAGACCUGGUGCUGCUCCUGAUUGACGGGGGGUACGGGUUCGAGAUGGAGACAUUCGAGUUCCUCAACAUUCUGCAGGUUCACGGUUUCCCCAAGGUGAUGGGCGUUCUGACGCACCUGGACCACUUCAAGGACCCGAAGCGGCUACGCAAGACCAAGAAGCGGCUCAAGCAGCGCUUCUGGACCGAGAUCUACGACGGGGCCAAGCUCUUCUACCUCAGCGGGCUCGUCCACGGCAGGUACUCCAAGCGGGAGACGCUAAACCUGGCGCGCUUCAUCUCGGUGGCCAAGUUUCGGCCGCUGACGUGGCGCUCCGCUCACCCGUACCUAAUUGCGGACCGGUUUGAGGACGUUACGGAUCCGGAGGCCAUCAGGGCUAACCCAAAGUGUGACCGGUCGGUUACGCUGUACGGGUACCUGAGAGGAGCGAACUUGAAGCCCAACCUGAAGGUACACAUUGCGGGCGUGGGCGACCAGCGGCUCGCGGGCGUGAGCGCACUGCCGGACCCGUGCCCGCUGCCGUCGACGCUCAAGAAGCGGGGGCUGAACGAGAAGGAGAAACUGCUGUAUGCGCCGAUGGCUGACGUCGGCGAAAUGCUGUACGACAAGGACGCGGUGUAUAUCAAUAUUCCGGAGCACCAGGUGCAGUACUCCAAGAAGGGGGAGGGGGAAGGCGGGGAGGAGGGCGAAGAACAGGCGAUUGAAGAAAUCGCGGAGAGGGACCCAGGCGGCGCGAUGGUCCGCAGUCUGCAGGGCACCAAGCACACCAUCGACGAGAAACUAGAGCAGGGGGAGAUAACGCUGCUAAGGGGGGGGCAGGCCGUGCGGCUCGACAGUCAAGACCUGGACCUAGAAGACGCGUCCGACGAUUCGGACGAUGAGCAGGGGGCGUCGGACGAUGGGGGCGAGGAUAUAAACGGCAGCGAGGGCGAUUCGGACGCCGAUUUGCGCGGGUUGGCCGCUGGAAAGGAGGACACGGACGCUGGAAGGAGGCGUUCGGCCGGGGCGGGAGAGGAUUCGGACGGUGGAGAGGGCAGUUCGGACGAGGAAGCGUCUGGUUCGGACGACGAGAUGGAGGAAGCAGGGCCGUCAAAGCGGGCGGUUCUUGGGGUGGGGGCGACGAGUGUGAAUGGGAACGGUGUGAAUGGGGUCAAGAGGGCGGCUCCCAAGGAGCGGAAGGAGGAGGUCGGGGGCCGGGUGCGCAGGCGGGCGGUCUUUGAUGACGUGGCGGGAACGGCAGGGGACGAGAACGGGUUGGAAGAGUCAGAAGAGUCGGAGGAGUCCGAUGAGGAGAUGGAGGGGUUCCAGGGAGGGAGGCAUGUGCGAGGAAGUGAAAGUAACGGGAGUGUGGGAGCAGGUGAAGCGUCGGAUGAAAUUGAUGAGUCUGAAGACGAGUCGGAUGGUGACGUGGCGGGUGACGUGGGUGGUGGGUCUCCGGAAGAGGAAAGUGACAGUGAAGAAGGGGCAGACUUGGAGGAGAAAGAGGGGGUUUCUGAAAGGGAAGGUUCUGAUGAAGAAGAGCUGGAAAGCGAGGGCGAAGGGUCUGAAAGCGAAGAAGAUGGGCAGGGAGGACGGAAAGAGGCGCCUGAAAGUGCUAAGCCGGAAGUGAAAGGGAACGGUAUCCGGAAACAGGGGCAGAAAACCUUGGUGCUCCCGCUCUCCCCGCCGGGAGGGCCGUCUGCGCUUCUGCGGUCGGCGGAAGUUGAAAGGGCGGGGCCGUCAGAAGGAUCGGACGAAGACAGCGAGGAUCGGAUGGAGGGCACGAGCGGUGGCGCGGCGCAGUGGAAGGAGGGGCUGUUCGCGAAGAUGACGUCAGCCUUCUCGAAGAAGGUCAAUUUGAUGGAGCUGGUCUAUGGGCGCUCGCGGGGGGCGGAACCCAGGGGCGGGGAGGAGAGCGAGAGUUCGGACGAGGAGAACUUCUUCCGGCCGAAGAGGAGGGGGGCGCAAAAGGCCCCCGGGAAAGGGGGGGACGAUAUGGAGGAGCUGGACGCGGAGGAUUCCGCCCGGCUUCCGCUGGAAUCCGGAGCGCUAGCGGAAUACGAGGACCCGGAGGUAUUGGAGGGCCUGCGGGACCGGUUCGUGACGGGGGACUGGGAGAAGGCGGAGAAGCGACGGAAGGGUGACGUCAGCGAUGAGGAAAACGAGGGCGACGAAGAGAACGAGGCCUCGGACGAGGAAGUUUUCGGCGACUUCGAAGACUUGGAGACGGGGGAAAAGGUCGCCGGAGCGGAGGCGGCUGAGAACGCGGAUCCCGAAGCGGAGGAGCGCCGCCUGAAGAAGCUGGCUUUGAGGGCGAAGUUUGAUGCGAAGUAUUCUGGUCUCGAAGGGGGGGAGGAAGAGGAGGAAGAAGAGGGGGGGGAGAACGAGAAGGGCCCAAGCGGGCGUCCAAAGAAAGGGUACAUGCAGAGCGCGCGGGAUGCUGCGGUGGACGAUCACCAUGCGGUGGUCAAGAAAGAGAUGGAGGAACGGAGGCUGCGCAACCAGGCGGAGCUCGCGACGCUGGACCCGGAGCUAAGGGUGAGCAUGGAGGGCUACCGCGCGGGGACGUACGUCCGGCUGGAGCUGCAGGGCGUGCCGUGCGAGCUGGUGGCCAACUUCGACCCGCGCUUUCCCAUCCUAGUUGGCGGCCUGGGCCAGGCCGAGGAGGCCGUCGGCUACAUGACGGUGCGUGUCAAGAAGCACCGUUGGGCUCGCAGGGUGCUCAAGACGCGGGAUCCCUUGGUUGUGUCCCUCGGAUGGCGGCGCUUCCAGACGCUCCCCGUGUACAGCCUCGAGGACCGCAACGGGCGGCACCGCAUGCUCAAGUACACACCGGAGCACAUGCACUGCCUCGCCAGCUUCUACGGCCCCCUAGCCCCCCCCAACACCGGCUUCGUCGCCUUCCAGAGCCUGGCCAACAACGUGUCCACGUUCCGCAUCAGCGCGACAGGUGUCGUCCUGGAAUUGGACCAGAGCUCCAAGAUCGUCAAAAAACUCAAGCUUGUGGGGCACCCCUACAAGAUCUACAAGAACACGGCGUUCGUGAAGGACCUGUUCACCUCCUCAUUGGAGGUAGCCCGCUUCGAGGGCGCGUCCGUGCGCACCGUCAGCGGCAUCAGGGGGCAGGUCAAGAAGGCCGUCAAGAUGGGCCAGGGCAAGGAGGGCGCCGCGCGCUGCACGUUCGAGGACAAGAUCCUGAUGAGCGACAUCGUUUUCCUGCGCACCUGGGUCCAGGUCGCCCUCCCCCGCUUCUUCACCCCCGUGACGUCACUCCUGGACGGGCCCAACCGGCCGUGGCGCGGAAUGCGCACUGUUGGGGAGAUCCGGCGGGAGGCGGGGGUGCCCAUUCCCGUCAACAAGGACAGCCUAUAUAAGCCCGUCGAACGGUCUGCGCGCAAGUUCAACGCCCUUAAGAUCCCAAAGGCGCUCCAAGCGGCGCUGCCGUUCAAGUCGAAGCCCAAGGUGGAGGAGCGGCGCAAGAGGAAGCUGCUCGACCAGCGCCGCGCGGUGGUUAUGGAGCCGUCGGAACGUCGCGCCUACACGCUGGUCCAGCAGCUGAACACGCUGCGCAACGCGAAGCUCAAGAAGCGCCAGGAGAUGCAGGCGCGGCGGCGGGUCGCGUACGAGAAGAAGAAGGCGCUGGACGAAGCAGGGCGGCGCGCGUACAGCAAGGAGGAGCGGAAGAAGCGGUACGUCGAAGAGGGGCAGAAGGCCAAAAGAGCGGCGCAGGCGGAGGAGGGGGGGCGGCGGAAGAAGCGCCAGAAGCGGGAUGAGGACGAUUGAGGGGUGCUAGUUUGAAUAGAGGGUAAGGAAGGAAGGGUGAAGAAUCAAUGGAGAGGGGAUUUGUCAAGGGCCAUGAACAGUCAUGUGAGGUUGGUCAUCAAGGGGUUCUCUCAGUGGGCUAGAAAGUACUAAGAGAGGGUGUGGAGACCCAAACUAGAAACAAUCAGAAACGUUACUCGACUGAUGAGUUUCCUGAAGGGCUCGACUCACAAGGAUAUUGCACGUCAAAGCCUCACGAGCGCUCGAGACAAUUCAGCUUGUAAGCUUCUUCUGGUGAUUGCGAAUGUGCGUGGUGGCUCCAGAGAUUCGCAGUCUGUUACGUUUGCUCAACUCUCCUCAACACAGUCAACACAG